GUUUUACAACAAGCUAACCUGAAGCAGGCAGCGUAGGCAACCCGUUUCUCGCAGAACUCAAAAAGUGGAAAUCCCACCCACAGGUGGCAGGGACUGCAGAGAGAAACAAAAAUAUAGACAAAACGUCUCCUGGGGCAACGCUAGGGUGUGUCUCUUGAGAACUGCAUGCUGGGAGUUGCACCUCCUUUUUUCUGCAGGCCCUCUCACCUCCUGGCCGCUGGGGACGCUCGGGAGCCAGCUUCAGGGCUGAGUGCCGAUUGGCUCCUUGGGAAACAGCAGGCACCCCUGGUUGCGUCCGCCGGGCGUCCGAUCCUCGGUGUGGGUGUUCGGCGCCGCGUUUUUCGGUUUGUUUUCGGCACUGUCUUUUGUGGUUGGGCGCUUAAAGAAGAUUGUUUGAAGACUGCCUUUCCAUCAAAUAGCAUGGAUCCCAGCAGCGACUACCAUUUCCUCAAUCAGAUUUUGUGGAGAAGGGUGAAACUCACAUUGGUUUGUGGCAUCUUUGAGGGAGUACUCCAGCAUGUGGACCCUAACAAGAUUGUUGUCCUGAAGAAAGUGAAGAAUGUGGAGACUGGUCGAAGUGCUCCAGGAGUGAAGAUGUUUUUUGGGCACGAGAUUGUGAAUGUGGAACUGCUGGAUGAAGUGGAACAAGGUGCAGAGAGAGAAAAGGCAUCUUCUGUUAGUCUAAAUACAGAAAGAACAAGGAUGGAUAAAAUGAAAGGUGAAGAUCUAAACAUAUGUGAGCCUUCUUCUCCUGUCCCUGAGUCACCAACCACCUCUCUGCUGAAUCACCUCAAGUAUAGCCCAUCAGAAGAAGAGGAGGUGACAUACACAGUCAUUGAUCAGUUCCAGCAGAAGUUUGGUGCUGCAAUGCUUCACAUCAAGAAGCAGAGUGUCCUGAGUGUGGCAACAGAAGGUGCUAAUGUGUGUCGUCAUGGGAAGCUGUGUUGGCUUCAGGUAGCCACAAAUAGCCGAGUUUACUUAUUUGACAUUUUCCUUCUGGGAAGUCGUGCUUUCAACAAUGGACUUCAGAUGGUACUAGAAGACAAGAGAAUUUUGAAGGUUAUCCAUGAUUGUCGUUGGCUUUCUGAUUGCCUCUCUCAUCAGUAUGGAAUUUUGCUGAAUAAUGUCUUUGACACACAGGUAGCAGAUGUCCUUCAGUUUUCCAUGGAAACAGGUGGCUUUCUUCCAAAUCGCAUCAGUUCUUUACAGGAGAGUUUAAUCAGACACCUUAAAGUAGCCCCUAAAUAUCUCUCCUUUCUGGACGAGAGACAAAAAUUGAUUCAGGAAAAUCCAGAAGUGUGGUUCACACGACCUCUUUCACCAUCUUUACUGAAAAUUUUGGCCCUAGAGGCUACCUACCUACUACCCCUUCGUUUGGUACUCCUGGAUGAGAUGAUGUCUGACCUAACCACCCUUGUGGAUGGUUACCUAAACACCUAUCGAGAAGGGUCCGCAGAUCGCCUGGGAGGCACCGAGCCUACAUGUAUGGAGCUUCCAGAAGAGCUUCUUCAACUCAAGGAUUUCCAGAAGCAGCGCAGAGAGAGAGCUGCAAAAGAAUAUAGGGUGAAUGCACAGGGACUCCUAAUAAGGACAAGGGUACAUCCAAAGAAAUCAGUGCCAGAGACAGCAGGGAAAGAGGGAAAAGUAGGGUUUUCCUUACUUUGUAAAAAUUCUGUACUAGAUGAAACUCAUCAUGUAAAUUUGCUGAAAGAAGAAUCUAAGAAUAAACAAACUUCAACAGAACCUCAACAUGUACCUCCCAUGAAGGAAGAAACCAACGAGGAUUCUAUCAAUAAACUCAUUUGCCUUGAGUCAGAGAGGCUAGAGGACCAGAGAAUAGCUCAAAAAGAACACAGUAAGACACCCAAACAGGAGUUUCAGACAAGUUUAUCUUUGAAAGAGGAGAUAGAACAGUUACUGAUGGUGCAAAACCAGGAAGAUCUAAAAUGCACAAAACAAGAUAUUUCAGUGUCUCCUUCCCUUCCUCAGGAAACCAGAGUCUCUCCAAGUGACACCUUUCAUCCUUUUAGAAAAGCCGUGUUUCCUACGUUUCCUCCCUGUCCAGCCUUGGAGAAAACUGAUUCUUGGAUAAAUCUCUCUCCAAAUCUGUCUUAGAAAUGUGCGAUUUGUUUUUGAGACCAUGAAGGUGGCUCACUUCUUCUACCAGCAGUACCUUCCUCAGAGCUUAAGUUUGUCAUGUUGGAAAUUUAGUUUUGCCUCAGUCAUGAAGGAACGCCUUAGGGAAAAUGAUAUUCUAUUGCUUACUUCUACAUGCCUGGAAUUUGAUUAGGAUGGGAAUGAAUAAGUUAAAUAAUGGAAGAAGUAAAUUUUUUUAUUAUGUCACUGUGCGGAAAUAUUCCCAGUGGUCAGAGCAAAUUAUUUCUGAUAAUUUGGGUUUGGAGGAUUUGAGGAGGGGAAAAAUCUCGGACUUAGUAUCUGGAAGCUAUAUGCUUUUAAACUUUUUGUUUUGUUUUUGUUUUUUUGUUUUUAUUUUUAAUAAUUUAAGCUCUAUGCCCAACCUGGGGCUCCAACUCACAACCCCAAGAUCUGAAGUCACAUGCUCUACUGACUAGCCAGCCAGGCACCCCUACUUUUAGACUUUUGUUGUAUUUUUUGGUCUGAAAAAGGUUGGUAAAACUUUUGCCAAUAAGUUUAAAAAAAUUGGGAACUGAUAACUUUACCAGUACUUUUUUCCUUAGUAAUAUUUUCCUAAAAUAUUAACUUUAAUUUAUCAAUUAUACCUCAAAAAAGCUGAGAAAAUACCGACUUUUUAAAAAUUUUAAUGUUUUGUCUGUUUUGUGUCAUAGACAGACACUAGUUAAUGUUAUUAACAGGCAUCAGUAUCCCAGUUUUAAUUUCUUUUGAUUCCCUUUACUUUUAGAAGGUUUUGUCCAUUUUUGUAAGAAAGCAGGGGCUUCUUUUGAGUAUGUUUAUUAUGUAAACUUGAAGUUUGAUUCCCCUCUUUUGCCUGGAGUUGGUAUACUUUUUUUUUUUCUUAAUUAAAAAAAAUUUUUUUUUCAUUUUAAGUAGACCACACCCAAUAUGGGGCUUGAACUCACGAACUUGAGGCUAAGAGACACAUUUUCUACCAACCAAGCCAGCCAGGCACCCAUUUGGUAUACUUUUUUAGGGUGAAAGGAAGGCAGCUUGUACGGAGCCCUUUUUAUAUUGAAUACUUGCAAGGUGCUCACGUUCUAUUGUAUACAAUAACCAAUAAACCUGUUUUGGCAUUGGA